UGGAUGCUACCACUGAUCUAGGAAUGGGGAGGAAGGAACCUACCACCUCUCUCAGAGUGGGAAAUGGAACCUACCUCUAGACUGAGCUGUGGGGGAGGAUGGAACAUACCACCAAGCCCACCUGUGGGGAGGGGGACAGGCUAACUCCCUCCAGAAUCAGGUCUUGAGGGGGAGAGAUCAUCAGACUUGCACAGUCCACUGUGGACCUGCACGCCAGCCAGAACAACCAGGGCUGAUGGCAUCAUAGCAGGCAUCACAGUGAGAUUCCCAGGUCUGGCUCGCUCAAUCCUGCAAAUCCAUGAAUCUCUGGGGCAGCCCCACAGGCAAUGCCAGGUUAAAUUGAAUAUCUGCCUAGCACAGCUUCUUGCAGGAAGACUGCACUGCUUUAAGUCUAGGAGACUAUGAAAAUAAUCAGAGGGGACUGUUCACUCUGAAUUCUAAACUUGUGCCUUGCCCAGAACAGCUGCGGGAAUCGGAAACUUGAAUCAAUGUUAUCGGAUGAGUUAGAAUCCAAACCAGAGCUGCUGGUUCAGUUUGUUCAGAACACCUCUAUUCCACUGGGGCGGGGGCUGGUGGAAUCAGAACCUAAAGGCAUCACCUGUCUCUCCCUCCUUCCUGUUACUGAGACCUCAGAAUGCAACAGACUGAUGUUGCCAGAUGAUUCUCCAAGUCACACUAACGCCUCCAAAGAUGUUCCUUCAUCUGCUGUCUUGAGAAGCCUUCAGGUAAAUGUAGGCCCUGACGGCGAGGAGACAAGGGCACAAACUGUACAGAAACCACCUGAGCUCCUGUCAAGUCCAGAACCUUCCAGUUUAUUGCAAGACCUCCAGCCCAGUGACAGCACCUCCUUUAUUCUCCUCAACCUAACAAGAGCAGGCCUGGGCUGUCCAGCAGAGCACCUUGUGUUCGUUCAGGAUGAAGCAGAGGAUUCUGGGAAUGACUUUCUCUCCCAUGACAGCACGGACAGCAGUACCCCAUGGUUUCUACGAGUGCAGGAAUUGGCCCAUGACAGUUUGAUUGCUGCCACUCGAGCACAGCUCGCAAAGAACGCCAAAGCAAGCAAUAAUGGUGAAAGUGUUCAUCUUUGCUCAGGAGAUGGGCAGCCAAAAGAUUCCAGCCCCAUCCCUCACCUGUCCCGCGUAGAGAAGAAGCUGAAGUGCACAGUUGAGGGCUGUGAUCGGACAUUUGUGUGGCCAGCCCACUUCAAAUAUCAUUUAAAAACUCACAGGAAUGAUCGUUCCUUCACCUGCCCAGCAGAAGGCUGUGGGAAAAGCUUCUAUGUCCUGCAAAGGCUGAAGGUGCACAUGCGAACUCACAAUGGUGAGAAACCAUUUGUCUGCACUGAGGUGGGCUGUGGGAAGCAGUUCACAACGGCUGGGAAUCUGAAGAACCACCUGCGGAUUCACACUGGGGAAAAGCCCUUCCUGUGUGAGGCACAAGGAUGUGGUCGUUCCUUUGCUGAAUACUCCAGCCUUCGGAAACACCUGGUUGUCCACUCAGGAGUGAAGCCCCAUCAGUGCCAAAUUUGUGGGAAGACAUUUUCCCAGAGUGGUAGCCGGAAUGUGCAUAUGAGAAAGCACCACUCCAGAAUUGGAGCUGCUGGAAGCAGAGAACGAGAGCAACCAGAGUCGCUGCUGGGCAGCAGUUUGCUGGAGGAAGCAGCUGUGCAUAGUAAGAAUCUGAUCUCCAUGAACUCUCAGCCUCGACUUGGCGUGGAGUCUCUGCACCUGCCAGAUACUGAGUCUAUUAUUGGAGUAGAGGAGGAGGUUCUUGCUGAAGCAACACCAGGAGCCCUCCAGUCAGCACCUGAUGUGGUUUUGCCACAGUCUCAUCACCUGGUCACCAUGUCAACAGGGAGACACUCCUAUGGGGUGUCUGCUUUACUACAGUAAAUCUACAGUUACAAAAGGAAGAAGAAACCAAUGAUCUAGUAAGAGAAGACACAGGAUGUAAAGUUAAAGAACAGACUUCUGCGUGCAGAUCUCUUAAAGGAGAGAUGCAGGACCUGAAUCCAGAGUACAUGCUGUGCAGGCAGCUUACUUUUCAUGACUUGCUGCAACAAAAACUAAACUGUAGUCCAGAAUGGGAUAUGAGAUGUAGAACAUGAGGGUUACUGAAGCAGAUUCCUGAAGCUAAAUUCAGGAGCCACUAAUCAUGUUGGACUGACAAGUGGGACUUUCUAAACCUGCCGUCGGGAGGGAUGCAGCACUUCCACCACUGCAACGUCAAACCACUUUCACCUGAAGCUGAAGUUUGUUCACAAGCUCCAGCACGUACAAGGCAUUAGUAUUGCUUAAGCAACUAAUAGGGGCUUUUCUUAGAGGAGAAUAUUUAGGGUGUUGUGGAUUCUAAACCAGAGCAUUGCAGUCCAUUCUUCUUUCUGAGUUUUGAAGGUUUAUUUCCAGGGUGACCCUAACUAGAAUCUGAGGCUCUUCAUUGAGGAGCAGGAGCUUCUCCACCACUCUUCCUUUAUGAAAAUAUGUUCCAGAGAGUUCCACCUUGCCCCAGAGUCUGAGGCCAGACACAAGUUAGAGGAUUACCUCAGAGCCAGCUCUGCUGCUUGCUUUGCCCCAUAUUUCUUCAUUUCUAAAAUGCUUAUUAGUAUGUUUAGUUUUUUUUAUUUAAAAAUCAGAGGUAGAAGAUUUUAAGUGUUUACUGUAUUGUAAAUAAACAGCCUGUUUCGCUCUUUGGCUUCUGA